AUGACUUUACUUGCUGUGAAGUGCUUAGUGAAGGAAACAUUAAUUGUGCAUGGCAGUGUAAGUGGCAUUGUGUGUUGGCAAGUUGGCGCGAGAAGUAUUUACCGGGGCGGUGUCGCGACUGAUGCUGAUGCCACCACGCGGCACGAUAACUUAAACACACAGAACAUGUCAGGCACAGCAGCCAGCGCCAGCAACGCCACCGGCGGCUCAGCAGCCGCCGGAGGCGGUGCGAGCGCUCUCGGCGGCUUAGGAGGCUCCCUCGAAGACAAAGACUGCGACCUCCUCUGUCCAGUGUGCUUCGAGCUGAUCGACGAAGCGUACGUGACACGCUGCGGACAUUCGUUCUGUUACGCCUGCAUCGGCAAAGCGGUAGAGCUUCACAGGAGAUGUCCAAAAUGCGGAGCAGCUUUGGCCUCUCGCGACCACAUCUUUCCUAAUUUUCUUUUAAACGAGCUGGUGGCGAGAAGGCGAGUUCGCGCUAGACGGGGGGCGAGCAACGCCGGGCCUGGGGCCACCGCGGCACGAGGGCCAGAGAGGGUCCGUGCAUUAGUCGCCGCAGAAGCUAGAAGACUUCCUUUAGCUGAUGUGGACGCCAUGUUGGAUUUGUUAACUCGUAGGAAGAGGCUAUUAGAAGCAGAGUGCGCCGCGGCACAUCACAGGCUGCUGUAUGAGUUCCUAGCGCAGCUGCAUCGACACCGGACGCAACAGCUCGACCAGCUGGCGCGGGAGGCUUCCCUGGUGAGGAGAGAUAUGGAUCACGUCGCCUCGGUACUCAGGGAACUCCGUACUGGUGCGCAAGGCCUGGCUCGGUUGCCCAGCGGUGGGCCUAAUGAGGAGGAAGUGUCACUGCAACCUGACGCGGGCGAAGCGGUGUGGGCGCUCCGGCGAGAACUGGCUGACCUGGCGGGCAGCGUGGGUGACGCCGCAGCACACGCCGAAGGGGAGCUGACCGGCAGCAGCCUGGGCGGCGGCUCCGAGGAGGAGAGCUUCGCGGGACACACCGUGCCCGUCACCGACGCGCUCACCUCGCGCUGGCGCCGCCUCUACGCGCACUUCGACGACUUCGUGCUGUGCUAUUUCGCCCACCGCGCCGACGAGCUGUACUUUCCUCCGUCCGGGGCGGCGACUCCGGCGCCUCCCACGGUCGCCCCCAUGGAGCCGACGUGUCCGGCGCCGGCCCCCUCGGUGUCCCCGGGGGCGGCCCCCGCGACCCCUGUGUCGGAGGACCACGUGCCGCAGGCGCCGCCCGCCAGCAGCGGCGGGGACCAGCGCGCGCCCGACGACGCCCCGGAGACCACCAACGCGGAGAGCUGUAACACCAGGACACCCGCGGGUGUGGGUUCAGGUGCGCGCGGGCUGGACGCGUUCCGCGAGGACCUGGUGGCGUUCACCCGCUACCGGACGCUGCGGCCCCUCGCCACGCUGUCCUACUGCAGCGACGCCAUCAACUACAGCACCAUCGUCUCCACCAUCGAGUUCGACAAGGACGAGGAGUUCUUCGCCAUCGCAGGCGUCACUAAACGCAUCAAGGUGUUCGAGUACGAGUCGGUGGUGCGCGACGCGGUGGACGUGCACUACCCGUGCGCGGAGAUGCAGUGCUCGCACAAGAUCUCGUGCGUGUCGUGGAACGCGUACCACAAGAACGUGCUGGCCUCGUCCGACUACGAGGGCACGGUGUCGGUGUGGGACGCCGGCACGGGCCAGCGCACGCGCGCGCUGCAGGAGCACGACAAGCGCUGCUGGUCCGUGCACUUCAACCGCGCCGACGUGCGCCUGCUCGCCUCGGGGUCAGACGACGCUCGCGUCAAGCUAUGGGCGCUGAACGCGGAGCGGUCGGUGGCGACCCUCGAGGCUAAGUUCAACGUGUGCUGCGUCCGCUUCAACCCUCGUUCCUCCUGCCACCUCGCCUUCGGCUCCGCAGAUCACUGUGUCCACUACUACGACCUGCGCGCCCCCAGAACCCCCCUCGCCGUCUUCAAAGACCAUCGGAAAGCUGUCUCCUACGUCAAGUUCCUCGACGCAAAAACCCUAGUGUCCGCUUCUACGGACUCUCAGCUCAAACUGUGGAGAGUGGAGUCACCUAGAUGUGUGAGAUCGUUCACCGGCCACGCGAACGAGAAGAACUUCGUGGGGUUGGCGACCGACGGGAAGUACAUAGCCUGUGGCUCAGAGAACAAUGCUCUAUUCGUCUACUACAGCGGGUUGUCCCGGCCGCUGCUCGCGUACAGAUUCGACGCUGUCAGAGGGUUUCUGGAGAGGGAGAGGAGAGAUGAAGAACCUUCGGAGUUUGUGUCAGCGGUAUGCUGGAGACGGUCUCCGGACACACACGUACUGUUAGCAGCUAACUCCCAAGGGACUAUAAAAGUGUUGGAGCUAGUGUGA